CUUGGAGUUGAACAUUAUUUAACAGAGAGAGAGAGCGACGGACGAGGUACAGAAACGGGGAAGGACUUGUCUUAUUUCCCCUCGUUGUCCCCCAAUAACAUUUUCUCCGGAACCCGACAGCUUUUGGAGAUUGCUAUGACGUCUCGCAGAAACUCUCAGGUGCUUGUGCAAGUCAGGUGGUUUCACCCCAACAUCAGUGGGAUCGAUGCGGAGCAGCUGCUCCUGACACGCGGCGUCCACGGCAAUUUCCUGGCCAGGCCGAGCAAGAGCAACCCAGGGGACUUCACGCUCUCUGUCAGGCGGAACGAUGAGGUCACCCACAUCAAGAUUCAGAACUCGGGGGACUACUAUGACCUGUAUGGCGGGGAGAAGUUCGCCACGUUGGCAGAGCUGGUUCAGUACUACACUGAGCAGCAGGACCUCCUGCGUGAGAGAAACGGCGACGUCAUCGAGCUAAAGUACCCGCUAAACUGCAAGGACCCCACAUCUGAGAGGUGGUACCACGGGCACCUGUCCGGGCGGGAUGCGGAGAAGAUGCUGACAGACAAGGGAAAGUCGGGAAGCUUCCUGGUGCGGGAGAGCCAGAGCAAGCCGGGCGAUUUCGUCCUGUCCGUCCUCACCAACGAGGAGAAGCACGAGAACGUGGACCGCAAGACCAAGGUCACCCAUGUCAUGAUCCGCAAUCAGGAGGGGAAGUAUGACGUGGGUGGCGGCGAGAAAUUUGACACCCUGGCAGACCUGGUGGAGCACUACAAGAAAAACCCAAUGGUGGAGAAGAGCGGGAUAGUGGUGCACCUCAAACAGCCCUUCAACGCCACCAGGAUAAAUGCCGCCAACAUUGAAAACAGGGUGCGGGAGCUGAACAAAGUGGCCGACAGCUCGGAGAAGUCCAAGCAGGGAUUCUGGGAAGAGUUCGAGAUGCUACAGCAGCAGGAGUGUAAGCUGCUCUACCCCAGGAAGGAGGGACAGAAGGCAGAGAACAAGAGCAAGAACCGAUACAAGAACAUCCUUCCCUUUGACACCACCCGAGUGGAGCUCAGAGAGGUUGACCCAGAUGUGCCCGGCUCUGACUACAUCAAUGCCAACUACAUCCGGAGCAGGCAUGAGGAAGGCCGCCUGGCGGAGGACUGCAAGGUCUUCAUCGCCACCCAGGGCUGCCUGCAGAACACUGUCAACGACUUCUGGAAGAUGGUGUACCAGGAGAACACGCACGUCAUCGUCAUGACAACCAAGGAGAUGGAGAGGGGCCGGAACAAGUGUGUGCGCUACUGGCCGGACGUCGACUGUACCAAGGAGUUUGGGAAUGUGAGUGUGAGGAACCUGGCAGAGCGGCCGGCGCAGGACUACGUCCUGAGAGAGCUGGAAAUCACGCGCUUGGACAGGAACGAACCGCCAAGGUCCAUCUGGCACUACCAGUACCUGAGCUGGCCGGACCACGGGGUCCCUAACGAGCCCGGAGGGGUUCUGAGCUUCCUGGACCAAGUGAACCGAGCCCAGAACGCUAUUCCAGAGACCGGGCCCAUAGUGGUACACUGCAGUGCAGGCAUUGGGAGGACAGGCACCAUCAUCGUGAUUGACAUCCUGAUCGACAUCAUCAACAGGCAAGGGCUGGACUGCGACAUCGACAUCCCCAAGACCAUCCAGAUGGUGCGGCGGCAGCGGUCGGGCAUGGUGCAGACCGAGGCCCAGUACAAGUUCAUCUACAUGGCGGUGCAGCAGUACAUUGACACGGCGCAGAAGAGGCUGGAGGAGGAGCAGAGGAAUAAAAUGAAGGAGAGAGAGUACUCCAACAUCAAGUACCCGCAGAUGCCUAACGCCAAAGUGAAGUCCAACAUGGCCACCUCGCGAUCCUCUAUGGUGAAUGACGACUCCGCCGGCGUCUACGAGAACCUGAAUAUCAAAAACCCGAAGGCCCCGGGGAGCGGCAACACGAGGAGAUGAGGCGCAUGGGCGAGCCGCUCCUCUCUGCCUCUCGUGGAGGCAUGGUUUCUCAGCACACUGGAUGGCGUCCCGCUGGAUUGAUGGGGCUCCUGGACCUCUGGACCUCAGGACCCCUGCAAAGAUCAGCCGGAGCUGAGGACAGCAGGGUCCCACUGGCCAAUCAGGGAAAGGAAAGGAUCUCCCUAACAACAUAGCAUGGUGACCGCCACCUCUCUUUGUACAGGAUAUCCCUUUUUCUGUCUGUCUGUCUGUCACUGGCUUGUGUUCACAAAUUAAGUGCCUAUUCUGCAGAAUGUUCAGUUGAGCCUGACCCCGCCCCCACUUGACCCACUGCAACUGCA